UCUUCAGGCAGUCUGACUAUCCUGUGGGCAGUUAGGCGUGGAAAUGUCCCUUAUGCUUGUGAGAAGAUCCAGCUGAGAGAGCUGUUUACUCGGUGCUUUAUGCUGAUCUGUUUGACUGGAGCUGUGUGUUGGAUAUUGAGUGUGUUAACUGGAAGCAUUUCCCUCCUGAGUUCCAGGCUGUGUUUUGUUGAUGUCUCAUUCCUGAAUAUGAGAAGAAGGAUUGCACCGUACCAUACCAGAAAGUACAGAGAAGAUAGACACCGCAGAUACAUCUUGACCAUCACCCAAGGAACAACUGCACAGCUGUGGGAAGAUAUCCAGUCCCUUCACAGCAUUGCUCAACACAGAGGUGGUUGGGCAGUGAAGCCAUCAUCUGGAAAUCAGUCGGGUCUGGGGAGCUUUGACAUAUCAUCAGAUUUGAAACUGGUCAGUGGUGUGGAGCCUUCCAUCAGAACCAACCUUUCUGAAGGUUUGGCUGUGGCUGAUCAGUCAGAGUGAGGCUGGGCAGAAAUGUCAGUGGAGUCCAAGUGUGGUGAAAGCCUCAUGAUCCACUGACUCAUUUUAACGGGUGAGAGUCUGUUCAAGUGUGACGUGUGUGAGGAGGGCCCUGUGGAUAUUUACGUUCUCCUAACACAUUUGGUGAAUUUGUUUAAAAAUUCUGUCAACACGACUGGCAGAUGGAAGAGAAACCAUUCAAGUGUGAAAUUUGUGAUAAAACAUUUGUGAAAUUAUACACCCUUCAAAUACACCAGAGAGUUCACACGGGGGAGAAAUCCUUCAAGUGUGAGGUCUGUGACCGAUCCUUUGCACACUCAUCAACACUGGUGAAUCACCGACGCAUUCACACAGGAGAGAAGCCUUUCAAGUGUGAAGUGUGCAACAAAUCCUUUUCUAAAUCAUGGAGCCUGCUUAUGCAUCAACCCAUUCACACAGGAGAGAAGCCAUUCACGUGUGAAGUGUGUGACAAAUCUUUCUCCAAGUCAUCAGCUCUUCGCCUGCACCAACGUACUCACACAGGGGAGAAACCAUUCACAUGCACAAUAUGUGACAAAUCAUUCUCACAGUUGCCGAACCUCCACACACACCAACGCAGUCACACAGGAGAGAAACCAUUUAUCUGCGAGGUGUGCGACAAAUCAUUCUCUCAGUCUUCACACCUUCGUGUACACCAACGCAUUCACACUGGUGAGAAACCAUUCACGUGUCCUGUGUGCAACCAGUCAUUUUCGCGGUCAUCAACCCUCCUUGACCACCAACGCAGUCACACAGGAGAGAAACCGUACACGUGUGGAUUGUGUAACAAAUCAUUCUCACGGCCAACGCACCUUCUUGAACAUCAAUACAUUCACACAGGGGAGAAACCUUACACAUGUGAAGUGUGUGACAAAUCAUUCUCAGACUCAUCAACUCUCCGCACCCACCGUCGAAUUCACACAGGGGAGAAACCAUUCACCUGUGAGGUGUGUGAUAAAUCAUUCUCUGAGUUAUCAAAACUCAGGAGACACCAGAGGAUUCACACAGGCGAGAAACCAUUCAGGUGUGAGGUUUGUGCAAAGGCCUUCACCCAAUCCUCCACUUUCCAGAGGCACCAGAGGAUUCACACAGGGGAGAAACGCUUCCAGUGUGAGAUUUGUAACAAAGCUUUCACACGCUUAUCAAACCUAGUCAUCCAUCAGAAGAUCCACACUGGAGAGAAAGUCUUGGAGUGUGAUGUUUCAGCAAAGCUUUCAGGAAAAACCGUCAACAUGAGUGACAAAUCAUUCUUGGAAUUAAUGGCCCUCUCCGCACAGCAGUACAUUGACGUAAGGGAGAAACUGGCCUGUCCACAUCUGUUAAAAGAUAACGUUUUCAAGGGGACCCUGAACCGGAUCAACUGUGUUUACCUCGAGAAAUGCAGUACAGAUAUCUAUGUCCCGGAGACCUUUACUCAGAUGACACUGACCUGGGGGAGUCUCCUGUAUGAAGAGACAUAUUCUUCAAGAAUAUCUGUCAACAAGUGGAAGUAUGGAAAAGCAACUAGAGAAAGGAAUACCAGUAAUCAUGAGGCCAACGACCAAUUCCACCUCCUGGAAAAACACCUGCCAUAUAUGCUGGCUGUGAACGUGGUGGGUGGAGCGAUGUUGGCGAUGGGUAGAGUGACCUCAGUGGUGGGCAGAGCAAUGUCACCGGUGGGCGGGGCGAUGUUGGCCGGCAAAUCGGGAAUGUUGGCAGCGGCAUUCUCGAUGUCUGUGUUGACCUUGGAAACGAAGGCGGCGGUGGCAUCAAUAGCAUGGAUGAUCGCGUCAGUUUUACCGGAAGUGGUGUAUAGGGUGACAGCAGAUGUGACGUCAUCCGUGAAAACUGGUGGUGCUCCAAAGGUGGCCACAGGCAUAAUGGUGGGGAAGGUUCUGGGUUUGGUGGCAAGCACCAUUGUCCCUGAGCUGAGCAGCAAAAUGGAAGGAAAACGAUUUGAGUGUGAACUUUGUGACCGAGCUUUUAUACAUUUUUCGAGGCUAGUGAGUCACCGACGCAUUCAUACUGGGGAGAAACCAUUCAAAUGCGAGGUUUGUGACCAAGCUUUUGCACGCUCAUCUACACUCGUAAAUCACCGCCGCAUUCACACUGGGGAGAAGCCAUUCAAAUGUGAAGUGUGCAACAAAUCAUUUUCGCGGUCAUCAACCUUCCUCAUGCACCAGUACAUUCAUACAGGAGAGAAGCCAUUCACUUGUGAGGUGUGUAUCAAAUCAUUCUCUGAUUUAUCAAGCCUUCGUGCUCACGAGCGUACUCAUAACAGAGAGAAACUGUUUACAUGUGAAAUAUGUGACAAAGCCUUUACACAGUCAUCGAACCUCCUGCGCCAUCAGACAAUCCACACAGGGGAGAAGCCCUUCAAGUGUGAGGUUUGUGGUAAAACUUUCCCGACAUCCACCAGGCUUCUGAUGCAUCACAGGAUUCACACAGCAGAAAAACACUUCAGAUGUGAGGUUUGUGAGAUGGCUUUCACUCAGUACUCACAUCUCCUGAUGCACCAGAGGAUUCACACAGGGGAGAAGCCCUUUAAAUGUGAGGUGUGUGAUCGAGCCUUCACACAGCCAUCGACACUCAUGCAACAUCGACGCAUUCACACUGGGGAGAAACCUUUCACAUGUCAUGUGUGCAACAAAUCAUUUUCGCGGUCAUCAACCCUCCGUGACCACCAACGCACUCACACAGGGGAGAAACCAUUCUCAUGUGAGCUGUGUGACAAAGCCUAUAGGCACUUGUCGACACUCCUGGCUCAUCAGAGGACCCACAUGCUGAACUACCAGCAACAGCACCACCAUGAUUUCAGCAACAGUAUAACCAAACAAGGACAUCUGGUUCAAGAGAAAGAGUAUCAGUCGCCAACCAUGUCCUUCCAUCAGGGCCGUAACUCAAUUGGAAUCAUCCUUAACAUCAUCAAGGAUGGCAAAGCUGUCAUUUGUACCCUGGAUAUUGUCCAGAUCAUGUGGAUCAGCAGAGCUGAGCCCUGGAAAAGGGAGCAGAGUGAGUCACAGCUGGAUACUGAAGGAGCAACAGACAAAGCACGGGUCAAGUGCCAGAGCAGCAGCAGAAUGAGCGCAAGCCGAGUCCCAAAGUGGCAGCAGAGCAAGUCAGCACAGAGGCCAACGAAGAGCAGCUUCCAGGAAGGGAAACUGAUCAGCCCAGUGGACCUACUUGAUCACUGGAUCUUUGUCGCCUUUGUGGAUUGUGGGAUCAAUUUGACCAGCAGAUUCACAUGGGGAGAACAAUCUGAAGGUGUUUCCAUUCCUGGGAUUUUCCAAACCCCAAAAUGUGGGCUUUGUCCAUUUGAGGACGACAUGAUCCUGGUGGUCCAGCAGUCUCCACCCCCAGAAGAUGAGUGCAUUCAUGUGACAUGUGCAGACCCAACAGCUGUAUUUUCAGCUGCUGCUUUCCACACAGCCCAGAUGAACCUGUCCCCAGGAGGGCGACAGAGCAAUAGCUGGGACAUAGCUGCUGUCAAAUUCUGUAAAGCCAAAGUGGUCAUCCCUCGUAAAACUCAUCUUUUCACCUCCUGUUGUCUGUCCUACACAUGUGCACAGAUUGCUUCAUUUUGUUGUAUUUUCUCUGAACCUGUGAUGACUGUUAAUAAGACCAAUGGGAAUGGCUCCAUGCAGAGAAAGAAUAAUGCUGGCUGGACAGGGUCACCCCUGAUGUACUCCACCCUAAAGCAUAAAGACACCAUCAGGGACCAAUUAACCUUCGCCAUGGUGGCAUACAGAAGUCAGAUCCAGCACCUGCCACGUGGAGGCCUUCAGAACAUGCGAGGCCUACGCUCUAGAAAUGUAGGGGCGAUCAGUUCUGAAUUCUCUGACUCCAGGCCUCACAAAGCUGACAGUGAUGGAGUAAGGAUGGCGAUUCAGCCAGAUGUCUACCAAAUGGAAGAGAAACCAUUCAAGUGUGAAAUUUGUAGUAAAGCUUUUAUGACUUCUACAAUUCUUCUGAGACACCAGAGCAUUCACACUGGGGAGAAACCAUUCACAUGCGAGGUGUGUGACAAAGCAUUCUCACAGUUAGGGAACCUGCUCAGACACCAACGGAUUCACAGAGGUGAGAAACUGUUCAGCUGUGAAGUGUGCAACCAGUCAUUUUUUGAUUCUUCGAACCUUCAAGCACACCAACGCAUUCACACAGGGGAGAGACCAUUCACGUGUGAGGUCUGUGACAUAUCAUUCUCACAGUCAUCAACCCUCCGCAGACACCAACGGAUUCAUACUGGGGAGAGACCAUUCAUAUGCAAAGUGUGUGACAAAUCAUUCUUACAGUCAUCAAAUCUCCACAGACACCAGUACAGUCAUACAGGGGAGAAACCAUUCAAGUGUGAGGUGUGUGAUAAAACUUUUCUGACAUCUACGACACUCCUGAGACACCAGAGGAUUCACACAGGGGAGAAGCCCUUCAGGUGUGAUUUGUGUGAGGCAGCUUUCUACAGAUCAUCCAAUCUCCUGUCACACCAGAAGAUUCACACAGGGGAGAAGCCAUUUGUAUGCGAGGUGUGUGACAAAUCAUUCUUGUCAUCGUCACACCUCCGCACGCAUCUGUACCUUCACACAGGAGAAAAACCAUUUGUGUGUGAUGAGUGUGACAGAUCAUUUCUGGAAUCAUCAACCCUCCGCAGACACAAACGCAUUCACACGGGGGAGAAACCAUUCACGUGUGAGAUGUGUAACAAAUCCUUCUCACAGUUAGGGAAUCUCUACACACAUCAACGUAUUCACACAGGUGAGAAACCAUUCACGUGUGAGGUGUGUGACAAAUCCUUUCUGGGAUCAUCAGCCCUCCGCAGACACCAAAUUAUCCACACAGGGGAGAAAGCGUUUCAGUGUGAGGUCUGUAGCAAAUCAUUCUCACAGUCAUCGACUCUCCGCAGACACCAGCGCAUUCACACAGGAGAAACUACUCAUGUGUGAGAAAAUGUUCUCAGGCACAUCAAAACUCCUGCUGCAUCAGGGGAUCCACACAGCAGACUCAGUCUUCAAGUGUGAGUCUUGUAAUCAGAAUAUCUGUAAUAAAGUCUUGACACAACAGUUGGACCUCCUGGAAUAUGAACCUACAGAGAAAUGACCUGCCCAUAUCUUUGCCCAACUUGUCCUCAGAAUUUUUAACGGUGUACACAUUCUCAUAGUCUCAGGGUGUUCAAUGGGACUGAGACACAGAACGAGAAGCAGCUUUCACUCCCAUCAAACACCUAGUGAUGACAUCACCAGUGCUGAGGGAUUAUGAUGUCAACAAUGGAGCCACCCUGCAGUGUGAUGUCAGUGACACAGGACUUGGAGUAAUCCCCAUGCAGUGAGGGCAACCCGUUGGGUUUGUAUCCAGAGCAUUAACAUCAACGAAACAGUGCUGUACAUAGAUUGAGAAAGAUGGUCUGGAUAAUGUCUUUGAUUGUUCAGGAGAGAAAAAGCAAUGGUGGCGUCUGACCACAAGCAAAUUCAAAGGAUUUUUCUCAAACUAAUACUCUUUAUUCCAAAGUUUUUGCAACAGACAUAACUUAAUUUAGAGAGAUAUGACUGGGAAGUUAAGUACAAGCAAGGGAAGCAGAUGUACAUCACGAAUGCACUGCUGAGAACUGCACUGUCUUUGAUGGAAUUUAAUACUGGUACAGAAAUCUUCCAAUUUCAACCAGAAGCAAUAGCAAUGACACGCUCUGGAAAUUGGCAACAAAGCAUAGACAAUAAUCUUACACCCUAAGUGUAUUACUGAGAUUAAGCAAACUAUUCAAUGGAAUGCAACUCUUCAAAUGUUACAGGGAGUUGUGAUGAAAGGAUGGACUGAAAUCAUUUUGGACAACCAUGUGACUGUAAGAGAGUAUUGGGCAAACAGAGAUGAAGUGAUCACCCAAGUUGGCAUCUUGCAUAAAGGAAACAGGCUCAUUGUCUGUAAAGAGAUGAAAAAAGAAAUGCUGAAACACAUCCUACACAAACCAUCAAGGGACCAAGUCUAGUCUGAGGAAGGUAAGAGAAGUGUUGCAUUGGCCAAACAUGAGCAAUGUGAUGAAGGUCCACAUCAGCCAGUACAGUGCUUGUAAUGAACAUCAAGCAAAGUGAGAUGAAGAGCUGCUCAUGACUCAUGACAUCCCAGACGGUCCAUGGAUGAACCUUGGAGCAGAGCCCUUCACUCUCACUGGAAUUGAUUAUAUAGUCACAGUCAGGGAGUUAAAGCAGCUGUCAUCAAGGAUUCCCCAUGAGAUUGUAGAAUUUCUGAAAGCACACUUCAGUCGACAUGGCAUUCCUGACAUUGUGAUCAGUGACAAAGACCUCAAUUCAAACACUUCCUGAAUGAUGGGAAAAUUCAGCUCCACACACCAUCUCCACACACUCACUGUCAAAUGGAAAUGUGAUGGUAGAAGUGGUCAAAUCUGUCAUUAAAAAUUAAUCAACAGACCUGGUACCAAUGUGUAGGAGGCAUACUUAGAGGGAAUAAUAUAGCAAGUGAAAGUAUGGAAAGUUGUCCAGUCCAGAGACCAAUAUCAUAUGGCACCCAGGCAUCUGUUCCAAUUGUUAGAGUAUUACUGAGACCAGAAGUACUAAUAAAAGUGUAACAAACUUGAAUGAACAACAAAAAGCCAUAUCUCACUUUUAUAAAUCUACAAAAUCUUUGCCAGGGCUCAGAAUUAGGAAACUGGACAAAGUGCAAACAUAGUCAUCGAAACUUGGGUCUGUGUCAAGAAGUUGUCACCUCGAUCAUGCCCGAUGAAACUGAAUGUCACAACUGCGGAAACUGCUCCUUUGCAGCCAAGAGUUGAUAAGGUCAAAUUGAUUUCACUAACCAAGUCCAGUACAGUUACAACACUGACAUCUACCUGACAGUAUGGAAAAUUGCCCAGGUAUGUCCUGUACAUUAAAAGCAGGACAAAUGCAACCUGGCCAAUUACCUCUCUAUCAGUUAACUCUCAAUCAGCAGUAAAGUGAUGGAAGGUGUUAACAACAGUGCUAUCAAGCAGCACCUGCUCAGCAAUAACCUGCUCAGUGAUGCCCAGUUCUGGUUCUGCCAGGCCCACUCAGCUUCUGACCUCAACACAAUCUUGGUUCAUGACAUGCAAAUCGUUGUGAUUGUUGCAGGUCAGUCAUCUCAGCUCCAGGACACCUCUGCAGGAGUUCCUCGGGUAGUGUCCUCGGCCCAGCCAUCUUUGGCCACCUCAUCAAUGACCUUCCCUCCAUCGAAAGGUCAAAAAUAGGUAUGUACAUGGAUAAUUGCACAAUGUUCAUCACCAUUUGUGACUUCUCAGAUACUGAAGCAGUCCAUGUUCAAAUGCAACAAGAUCUGGACAAUAUCCAGGCUUGGGCUGACAAGUGGCAAGUAACAUUCACACCACACAAAUACCAGGCUAUGACCAUCACUAAGAGGAGACAAUCUAACCACCGACCCUUGAUAUCCAUUGGUAUUACCAACACUGGACUCACCAUUGGUAUCAGAAGUCAGUUGUUCCUCAAGAAAUGUAAUGGAACAGCAGCAAUAGUUACCAUGAUAACAACGGUGCUGAAAGACAGUGUUACCUCAGGAACCAGCAGACACUGGAAUGAAAGUAUAACAACACACAUAUUUAAGAAGAUGCUUUAAAAAUUGUGCAUUGUGCUGCAUGGUGACUGACAAAGUUGGUACCAAGAAAGACUUGAAAUAGCUGAAAGUUGUGUUGUUCAUAUGUGAUCAUUUUCUUCAUGGAUUACACAGAUCAGUGUGAGACGUGUUAUCUUGGAUGUGUCUGUCAGCAGAUUAGAAGAGGAAAACCCACAGCAUCCAAGGCAGUGAUGAUGUACAGUGGUAGGAUCAGCAGAUGCACAGGAGGGAGCAGCACAGCAGACUGAAAGAUGGAGGGAGAACUGAGAACAGAGUGGGAGAAGAGAUUGAGCCAGUACUUGGGAGUGACUCUGGAUCUUAGGGAAUGAUUUCUAUGCUGGGAGUGAGCGUCAACCAGAUUUUGGCAGUGACUUUGGGAGGUACUCCGAUCUCCAGGAUGGAUCUUGUGCAUUGGUCAGCCUGGAGUCUGCAAGUCACAAUCACUUCCAAGCAGACAGUAACUCUCUGAGUCACAGACACUCUCUAAGCAGCAAACCCAUCAUCUAGAAAUUGGUCAGGUCAGGGAGCUUUGACAUAUCAUCAGAUCUGAAACUGUCAUUGAUGUGGAACCUUCCAUCAGACCACCCUUUCUGAAGGCUUAGCCGUGAAUGAUCGGCCAGGGUGAGGCUGGAGAAAAGUGUGAGUGGUUCCAAGUGUGGUGAGAGCUUUAGUCACUCAUUGAGCCUCAUGAAUUACUGGCUGCUUCCUCCAGGUGAGAGGCUGUUCAAGUGUGAGGUGUGUGAGGGGGUGUACAGGUUCAUAUGAUCCCUUGCCACAUGGGUCCAUCUGUUGCGCGCUUGUUAAGACAAGAAAAGGUAGAUGGAAGAGAAACCAUUCAAGUGUGAAAAUUGUAAUAAAGCUUUUAUGACUUCUACAAUUCUUCUGAGACACCAGAGCAUUCACAUCGGGGAGAAACCAUUCACAAGCGAGGUGUGUGACAAAGCAUUCUCACAGUUAGGGAACCUGCUCAGACACCAACGGAUUCACAGAGCUUUGGUGGUGGUCCAGAUUUCACACUUGCAUACUUCACAAGUCGUCUGAAGAUAUAAGUGCUCAGCUAUCUCCAACUAAGACACAUUUUGGUAUUGCUGCAAUCUCGAACAGUGCAAAUGCGUGAAACAGACCUGGUCAUACCAAGUCUGUUCUCAGUGUGUUUCAUUGGAAAGCCAGUGUCCCUUUUGGAAAAUUUGGAUCUGGUCCAUGAACACCUCUGGAGAGAUCAGAUGGCCUUUGAAAUGAUUAAUAGUGAAGAAGAUUGUGCAUUAAUAAGUGCAUUAACUCAUCGGGAUGGUCAAAGCUGGCCAAGGACAGUCAAAGCUGUUCAAAGAGUGUCAAAGGACUUUUCAUUUGCAAAGAACUCUCAAAGAUAUCAAGUGGACCAUAGUUAAAUAAACUAUGAAGGCAUUUAAAACUCUAGAUCUUUUAAUACUUAAAAAGAAGUUUGAGAAUUGAAAAAAAAGUAAUUGUUGUUUUCCAUUAUAUUCCGUGGGUACAAAUCUGAGAGGCUCCUACACAGGAUUAAUGUUGCAUUUCUGUUUUCACAUGAAACUAUUACCAGACAAGGUGCCUUCACUUCCACAAUUUCACAAAACAAAUGCUUUUGGACUCUUCAAUAUGGAAGUUUGAAUUCUAAGGUUUUUUACAUUUGAAUUAAGUAUUUUUUGGUUACAAAGCUUUAUCAUGUGAAAAAUGUAAGCAUAGUAAAUGUGCUUUUAUGAAUGAAUGUUUUUAUCAAUAUACUGAGACUGCAGUAUU